GAAAAGAGAAAGGGAAGAGGAGGAAACUCGGGGCUUGUUCCCAGCUCUGACGUCACGGAGGUGUUCAAAACUAAACGCACGAGUGUCUGUAGGUCAGGCUUCACCGGCAGCCUUACUGACGAAGGGGACUUGCGCCUGGACACUCUGUUUUAAAAUCAACAUCUAAUUUUGGAUUCAAUGUAUUUACCACUUGUGUUCAGUAAUGAGCUGGCUCCUGACUUGGGUCCUGCUUGUCGCCCGAUUACAUCAGGCCGUCUCCCUGAAUUCCUCCACUUCACCAUUCAUACCUGAGUCUACUACCCCUGAGCCCUAUAACCGGACUCAGUAUUGUACGUGGCCCUGUACCUGCCCUCUGACUCCCCCAAGCUGCCCGCCUGGUGUCAGCCUGAUAAUGGAUGGCUGUGACUGCUGUAGAGCCUGUGCCAAGCAAGUGGGUGAGGAGUGCAACGAGGCAGACAACUGCGACCACCAUCGCGGCCUCUACUGUGACUACAGCUCAGACAAGCCUAGGUACGAAAAAGGAGUGUGUGCAUAUCUGCAAGGCACUGGCUGUGAGCACAAUGGUGUAAUCUAUCGCAAUGGGCAGAGUUUUCAGCCCAACUGUAAAUACCAGUGUCUGUGUGUGAACGGGGCCAUCGGCUGUGUACCGCUGUGUAAUGAGUCUCAGCCUCCAAGGGUGUGGUGCCCAACCCCACGGCGGGUGAAGAUCCCCGGCCGCUGCUGUGAGCAGUGGAUAUGUGAGGAGCCCAGGAGAGGGCGCAAAGCAGCACCACGGCAUGCCAUGGCAGCUCUUUCCAGUGGAAAAGACACAUGGCAGGAGAACUGUGUGACACAGACUACAUCAUGGAGCCCAUGUUCCAAGACCUGUGGCCGUGGAGUAUCUUUACGCCUCACUAACGCCAACAAGCAGUGUCAGAUGGUCAAAGAGAGACGCCUCUGCAACAUCCGGCCCUGUGAGGUAGACAUCACUAAGCACAUUAAGCCUGGAAAAAAGUGCUUAAACAUCUACAGAGAAGAUCAACCGACCAACUUCACCAUCUCAGGCUGCACAAGCAAGCAGCUCUACCGGCCUAAGUACUGUGGCGUCUGCACAGAUGAGCGCUGCUGCAUCCCUUAUAAAUCCAAAACAGUGCAAGUGGAGUUUCAGUGCCCUCAUGGAGCCACGGUUACUUGGCAGAUGCUGUGGAUUAAUGCCUGCUUCUGCAACCUCAGCUGCAAAAACCCCAAUGACAUCUUCGCAGAUUUAGAGCAGUACUACGAGAAUCGAGAGAUUAUGAACUGAGGAACUGGAGACAGCAGUCAACAUUUUGGAGUCAAAACAAUCAGAAGGAUCAACUCAAUAGAAAUGUGUUCUAUUCGAUAAUGCAGUAAAGUUUAGGCCGUAGACAUCACACUUAAUUCCUGAAUUCAACUGUAUUGCUUGGUCUAAAAAAUCUGGUUACAAUAAUGUUGCUGUGGUUAAAUCUAUAUCAUUUAAUGCUUUGUAAUGACUGGCAAAAAAUCGAUAAGAUAAGACUAAGUCUCUUCUUUAGAUCUUGAUUUUUAGGCAAUAGCCAUUUUAUAAUGACCACAACACCACCAGAAAGAAUCUCCCUUGCAUAAGCAUGUUUUAAAGUACCUUAUUGUAUUAAUAUGAUACAAAGGUUAAUUAAACAAAAAAAGCAGACAAUACUUGUGUAGCUAAUGGAAAUGGACGCAACUCAGGAACGCAGCUGACUCAGGUUGAGAUGGCUGCUGAGUGGAGUGUUUAUUUGGGGCAGAAGUCAUUUAUUUUUUUAAUCACAUGUUGCACACUCAUGAGCCUCACUCAUGAAAGAGAGAGAGAGAGAGAGAGACAGAAAGGCAGACAGAGAUUGUUAAUAACUAUUCCCAGGUGUGCUGAAUAAAUUUGCAGUAUCUCCAUCAUUUUUUCCGAUCCCCCGUUCCACCAUAAGCCUGUUGUUUUGAGGAAAAAUGUAUUUCUUAAAGCCAGCAGUGUUGAACAAAGAGCUGCCAUGGCUUUACAGAGAUUUAUGAUAAACAGCUUGAAAUUGUGUAGACUCCAGCACGUCUGCUUGGACUACAACCCGGACACAAAAAUGGCCUUAAUACUUAAUUAAUGAGCUGAUUCGUUAAUUGAAGCGCAUUAAAUAAAGUUGCAUGAUAAACUCAUGCAAUACUCCUGCUUUAAGCCUUAUCUUCUGAUAUACACAGAUUGUUUCUCUCACAAGGUCUUUGACUAUUUUGCUACUGGAAGAAUUUGGUGCUCUAUAGUAUGAAUGCAAUAUAUUUGGACAUGAUUUCUGACGUCAAUAUUACUUUUACUGCCAUAUUUUUCUAUUCUGACAUAUCUUGUUUCCCUUUAGAGUUAAAGGAACCUGCAUUUGCAUGAUACAUGGUGCAAACUUAUAUGAUUUUGAUGUAUCUACUACAAUUUUCUAUUUUUUAAAAAAGCAACAAAAUAUGAUACAUUCUAGAGAUGGUGCUCAGGCUUUAACUUAUGAAUUAUAGCAUGCAACUUGGUCUGAUGUUUAAAAAUAAAUAAAUAAAUAAAUAAAUAAAUAAAUAACCUUCUGUGACUGAUAUUAGAUGCAGAGCUUAGAUGCUUCGAUAUAGUGUCAUUUGUAUAGCUUCAUUUAACAAAAUCUUUAAAAUAUGUCUUUUAAAAAAGCAAGAAAAGAAAAAGGUUUUGUUUCAGAAUUAUUGGCACUCCUACAAUAUGUUGAUGCAUACUCUGGAGACAAUAACAGCACUUUAUUAUAUUGUGUCUUCUUUAUUUGUGUCUAUAUAUUGUAAUAUCCUGUAAUAUUUAACAAGGUAGAAAUAGCUGUAGAGAAGGAUCUUGGUCCAUUCCUCCAAGCAGAACCUUUUACAUUUCUUUAUAUUAUGGCUUAUAUGGACAUCUUCAAUUCAGUUUUAAGACUAUAGGAUUUAUAGUCUAUAGGAGCUCAAAUCAAAAGAUGGACACUGUAUGAAAUUGCUUACACACUUCUAUAUAGUCUGUUUUAUAUAGUGCACUAUAUAGGGGGCAGUGCAGUGGACACUGGACUGAACUCAGACCACACUUAGUAAAGAGUGCUUCUAAAACAUUAUCAUGAUCUAUUUGAAUUUACUCAGCUGAUUGAGACAAAAUACAGAAAAUAACAAUCUGGUGUAUUAAAAGUAUCACUUUGGUGGUAGGAACCACUGGAACCUCCAGUUUAUAUAGUUAGUGUUAAUGUCUUCUAUCAUCAUGAGUAAGUUUAAUGUGGUGUGUAAGUGGUUAUAGAUAAAUAGCUUUAUUCAUACAAAAAAGGCAGAUGUUUUUUUCCUUUUCUUUUUUUUAAUAAAUACAAUUCUUAUCCCAUUAAAAUUUACAGUAUUGUC